AUGUCGGCAGCCACGUCGUCAAUCCAGGACCGCACCACAGAGUUCCGCUCCAUCCUCCAACAACAACAAAAACGACUCGCCCACACAACCACUCCCCAGUCUCGACAACACCUACUCCCAAACAAUGGUCAACCCUCGGCGCAACCCACCCGCAAACAGCGCAGCGAAUUCGCCCGCAAAGCCGCCGACAUAGGCAGGGGCAUCGCUGCCACCGUCGGCAAACUCGAGCGCCUGGGUCAGCUCGCCCGCCGCAAAACCCUCUUCGACGACAAGCCCGUCGAAAUCGCCGAACUCACCUAUGUCAUCAAGCAAGACCUGGCUGCCUUGAACCAACAAAUCGGUGCCUUGUCCACCAUCAACAAAGUUGCCCACCCGAAAGGCGGCCUGGACCAACAAGGCCAACACAACGAAAACGUCGUCGUCAUGCUGCAAAGCAGACUCGCAAACGUCGGUGGAAACUUCAAAGAAGUCCUCGAAGUGCGCUCCAAGAACGUCCAAGCCAGCCGCUCCCGUCAAGACAAUUUCGUCUCUACAGUCGCAAACUCGGGGCAUCUGGUGGCGCCCCAAGCGCGCAGCGACUCUCCACUCUACGCGCCUCCAUCGCGGGGUCGCUCUCCCCAACCACCAUUAACCCAAGGCCAAGAUUUACUCACUCUCGACGCACCCACCUCGGCCUCGUCAGCACUCACCCGCGGCGUCCAAUCAGAACAGCAAAUGCUGCUCUUGGAAGAAGGAAACCAAGAAAACGGAUACAUACAGCAGCGCGGCGAAGCCAUCGAAGGCAUCGAACGCACAAUCGCAGAACUCGGCGGUAUCUUUGGCCAACUGGCUCAAAUGGUCAGCGAGCAGAGUGAUAUGAUUCAACGCAUCGAUGCGAAUACGGAAGAUAUCGUGGACAACGUCGAGGGUGCGCAGAGGGAACUCAUGAAAUACUGGUCAAGGGUGCAGGGGAAUAGGUGGUUGGUCGCAAAGAUGUUUGGUGUUUUGAUGAUCUUUUUCUUGUUAUGGGUGCUCAUCGCUGGUUAG